UUCUGGGGUCAGACCCGGAUUUCAAACCCAGUUUGGGAGUCUUCUUGUUACAAGACCUUGCGCAAGUCACAUUCCCUCUCCGCUUCAUCCUGCGUUUCCUCAUUUGUGAAAUGGGCAUAAAGAAGCCUCGUAACUUUAUCGUGGAGGGGACUAAGUGCGAUACUACCGGCAAAGCCCCUGUCACAUGGCAGACACUCGUUAAAAGUGAGGGCCUCUCCCCUCGGCGAACGAGAAGAGGAGGGAGACGAUGAAAGGUAGUUUGCCCUUGACGGACAAGGAGAAACUGUGUCUUCAAUGGCUUCGCUGGUAGCUUAUGAUGACUCGGACUCAGAGGCUGAGACUGAGCCUGCGGGCAGUUUUAAUCCUGCCGGCCAGAGGAAAGAUGCUUCAGAUGCCGACAGACCUCCUGGGCGGGAUUUUGCCUCGGAAGUCCUGGAUGCGAAGGACGGGGGCGCACUGCCCACAAAGCAUGGUUCUUGUGAAGAUGCAGCCAGCUGUCGUCUCCCUCUGGCUCGGCUCUGGAGCAGUGACUCAGGAUCUUGCCCCAACCAGAGGCUGCAGUGGCCCAGGACAGAGCCUGAGGUCACCUUCCCCACCAGCCAGCCUGCUCGUCCUUCCCUGUGGACCAGCCAUGCUCCAGCUGGCCACGUGCCCCUGGCAGCUGCCCGCUUAAAGCAGGUGAAACUCUCCUGGGGAACUUCUGGCUCCCCUGAGCCAUCUUUCUGUGCCCGAACUGGAUCUGAAACCCCAGGUAAAAACAGCAGCUCUCUUCAGAGGCAGUGGUGUGAGGACUGUGUUGUACCCUAUACCCCAAAAAGACUAAGACAGUUGCAAGCAUUAAGCACGGAAACAGGCAAGAGUAAAGACAUGGAGCCCCAGGGUCCCUGUGCAGGGCGUGCCCCAGCCCCUCUCUGUGUGGCGCCCCAAGUGUCUGAGUUUAUUCAGCCGUAUUUGGACAGUCAGUAUAAGGAAACCAAGAUUCCCAGGAAGGUACUCUUCCAUCUGAGAGGCCACCGGGGCCCAGUCAACAACAUUCAGUGGUGUCCAGUCUCUUCCAAGAGCCACAUGCUUCUCUCAACUUCUAUGGAUAAAACCUUCAAGGUGUGGAACGCCGUGGACUCGGGAAGCUGCUUGCAGACCUACUCCCUGCACAGUGAGGCAGUGCGGGCCGCCCGGUGGUCCCCCUGUGGCCAGCGCAUCCUCAGUGGUGGCUUCGACUCCGCCCUGCACCUAACAGACCUCGAAACAGGAACCCAGCUCUUCAGUGGUCAAAGUGACUUUAGAAUCACUACCUUGAAAUUUCAUCCAAGAGACCACAACGUUUUCGUAUGUGGCGGCUUCAGCUCUGAAAUGAAAGCUUGGGAUGUAAGGACCAGCAAGGUGGUGAGAAGCUACAAGGCCACCAUCCAGCAGACCCUGGACAUCCUCUUCCUCCGGGAAGGCUCCGAGUUUCUGAGCAGCACAGAUGCUUCGAGCCGGGACUCUGCCGACCGCACCAUUAUUGCCUGGGAUUUCCGGAGCUCCGCCAAAAUCUCCAACCAGAUUUUCCACGAGAGGUACACCUGCCCCAGCCUCACCUUGCACCCGAGGGAGCCUGUGUUCCUGGCACAGACCAACGGCAACUACCUGGCCCUCUUCUCUGCCGUGUGGCCCUACCGGAUGAGCAGAAGGCGGCGCUACGAAGGCCACAAGGUGGAAGGCUACUCGGUGGGCUGUGAGUGCUCUCCAGAUGGUGACCUGCUGCUGACGGGCAGUGCCGACGGCCGGGUCCUCGUGUACAGCUUCCGUACCGCCAGCCGCGCCCGCACGCUGCACGGGCACACGCAGGCCUGUGUGGGCACCACCUUCCACCCCGUGCUGCCCUCCGUCCUCGCCACCUGCUCCUGGGAGGGCGACGUUAAGGUCUGGCACUGAGCCUCCCAGCACGGAACCUUCCAGACACCGGCCGGGGUGGGCGUGUGUGUGAUGAGGAGGCUCUGGGGUUGGCUUCGGGGUCCGGCUCGGGUGGCCGCUGCCUUCUCCACCCUCUGAGCCUCAGCGUCCUCAUCUGUAAAAUGGGGACAAAACCCGUGUGCCUCGGGGUUCUGAGGACUGCGUGAGCGAAAGCGCCUGGCGCGGUGCUGGUGACGCUCAAUAAACGAGUGUUUUGCUCUU